UUGCGUGGGAACUAGCAUAGCAUAGCCGAACCAACUGCGAGCUCCUUGCUCUGCCGUCGCGCUCGUGUAACUAGCUAACGCUCGAGUCCACAUCUGAUCCAUCGGCACCAUGAGCCAGCCCCAGCCCGUCCGCGCCGGCGACGUGUACCCGGCGUCCGCCGACCACCACGAGGCGCGCCGCGAGCGGGACAAGGUCAUAGGGCAAGGCCAGGAGGAGCAGCGCGGCGGCGGCGGCGGCCUGCACGUCACCGAGACCGACCUCCCCGCCGGCAAGCGCAUGGUCACCGCCAGCGCCGGCGGCCAGGUGAUGGCGCAGUUCACCGUGCCGGUGGCGGACCGGAACGUCGCGGAGGCCACGGACGCGGUCACCGUGGGUGAGGCCCUCCAGGCGGCGGCGCAGACGUCGGCGGGGGGCAGGCCGGUGGGCCCCGCCGACGCGGCGGCGGUGCAGGCCGCGGAGAUGCGCGCGACGGGGCUGGGCGGCAACCUCCCCGGCGGCGUGGCGGCCGCGGCGCAGCGGGCCGCGGAGGCGAACGCGGCGAGGUCAGCGGCGGGGGGUGGCCGCGGAGCAGAGGCGGUGACGCUGAGGGACGUGGUGGGCGCCGCCGCGGAGGCGCUGCCGGCCAACAAGGUGGCCACGAGGGAGGACGCAGAGAAGGUGGCGGCCACCGCGGCGCGCAACGAGGGGAAGGCGGGGGCAGGCGCCGGCGGUGCCGCCGGAGGAAAGAAGGGUGGCGUCGUCGACGCGGUGGCGGCGGCCGCGGACAUGAACGAGGGGCGGAUGAUGUAAUCGCGUACUGGAUAAUACACCUCUGUAAUAUUGUCACGGGCCACGACAGGCAGCUAGCCUGCUGGCUACCUCGAGCUAGUACGCGCGUUUCUUUCUAGAAUAAGGCCCCGUUUAGAUCACU